AUGAUUCUAUAUCAAAAUAGGCAUAUCCUUGACUUAAAUGCUUAUAAAUUUAUUUCAGAACUUAGUAUCAUUAUUGACAAUAUUAGAAAAUCUGAAUUUAUUAACUCUUUAUUUUAUUCCUCUUGACUCUUGAUCGCAUGAACUACAUAAUGCAUCUUAGACCUUGCAAUAAUUCAUAAAAGUAAGUUUAAAUAGCCUCAGUCAUUAAAGUUUCAUUAUUUUAUUGUCUUCUUUAUCUAAGUCAUUUGGGAAGCCUUUUAGUAUUAUUAUUUUAGAUUAAAUAUGAGUUAAUAGUGCCAAGUAAACUGCCUUUUGAAAUUUUGGAUAGCUCUGAUAUCUCUUCAAAUAAGAUAUAUAGGCAUUAGGGCGACUUUAUAAAUCAUUAGAGAUGAUUAAAUACACUUCAUGUGGUUUCUGAGUUUCUUACUCAAUUUAAAUUUCUUCUUGACUGAGUUUUAUUACCUUCUCAAAGUUGUCAAAUUUUUCACCUCAUUUAUAUGAGGCUUAUAAUUAAUUAUACAGUAUAAAGAACCUUCCAAGUGCCAAGAAUUUGAAACUUGAUUUUGAACCAUAGAGAUCAUAUCAAGAUUAUUAAUAGUUUUAGGAUCCUUACUAGUAAGUCUUCAUUAAUUUGGGCUUUUCAGGUAUCACUAAUUUAAAUUAGCAAUAAUUUGGUUCGAUACUUUUGAUAAUUUUUAUAAGCUUCUUCGAAAUUAGUAAAUAUGGCCGAGCUCCCUCUAGAAUUUAUCUAGUUUUAGAAUUCAGCAGAGUAGACUGACCACUCACAGAUUAUCCGGGGAUCUUGACUUUGUGUGCUCCCU